AUGAGAAUUGCCCCUGAGAGUGUCAACCUUUGUGGUCGAUCCGCUGCCGAACGCAAAUUGGACAGAGUUUACAAUGCCCAGAAGAAGGUAAUAAAGGAGGCAAAGGGGUUGUUCAUUACAACACCUGCUACUAAACUUCCAUUCCCCAAUAUAUACAAAAAAUGUGAGAGUAAACCAGCAAAGAUUAGCAGCAGCGUAAGGGAUGCCAUUGACAUUUUGGCUAAGCAUCUAAGGAAUGAGAAGAAAUUUGAAAAAUCAAUCACACUGUUGGCCAAAAUUGUCGAAACUCACUAUACAAGCUACAAAAUGGAGUUCAUGGAAUUACUGGAUAUUUGCAUAGAACAAGUCUCCAAGCUUGACAAUUUGACAUGUUGUACUUUCUCUAAUUCACCAAUCAUCAUCGCACUAAAAACCAUAAUAAAUACGAUAAAACCACACUACAUCAAAUUUAUUGAAAAAGUUGAACCAAAUGACCAAUUUCAACCCAAACUAAGGAAGUUCAUGUUAUAUCUGGGACAUUCAAUAUCUCUAAUAAACGAAACCGAUAGUUUCAUCUUCAACGAUAAUGUUAAACUUAUAGAUGAUGCAUUUCAGUAUUAUAUAUCCGUUAAUUCUAGUGAUGAUGAUAAGAAGGCCUUCAUACGCUCCAUGGGUACUUUGUUCAAAUUUUCAGCAUUUCCCUGGGCUCAUCCAAUAGUCUCCAACUUUUUCGACAAAAUAUAUCUACAGAGAAAUUUGUUUGAUGCUAGUGAAAUUAGUAAGAUUGAAUACUGGCAAGCAGAACUCAAGAGUGGUAAAAGGGCAUCUAAAGAAUCGAUCGUCAACGAGAUAGGCAUAUGCGCCAAGGGUGUUAAGGAUGGUAGAGCCGAAGUAAUUGUUACUACUCAUGGUUCCCAAAUUUGGUCAAAUAAACAAUUUGGAUUUUAG